AUGUGUCGACUUUCGUUUCGCCGUCGUAGUCUAUCGACGUCCUUAUCCAAAGUGGACUCGUCUUCUCGUCGAUUAUUGGUUAUUGGUUGUGGUGGUGUGUCACAAUGUGCGUUACCACUUUUAAUCGAUUAUUUGCUAUUAAAAAAUCACAUACAAUCAAUUACAAUCAUCGAUGUGCUCGAUCAGCGGGCUAGAAUACAACAGCAUCUCUCCAAAUAUGCUCAAGUGAAAUACGAGCAAGACUUGAUCACCCGCAAGAAUUAUGGUGAAAUUCUAAGUACGUAUUUGUCAUCCGGUGAUAUUCUUCUCGAUCUUGCUUAUAAUAUUGAAACACGGUGUCUGCUGAAAUGGUGUCAUGAUCAUCAAGUUCGAUUUGUCAACACAUCUGUUGAACUAUGGGAACCAUUUGGUGAAGCAUAUAAGAAUGACCCACGCUUGUUAACAUUGUAUCACCGACAAAUGCAACUCAGAGACAUGCAAAAUGAUAUCACAUGGAAUAGAAACGGACCGACAGCAAUUCUGGAUCAUGGAUGUAAUCCUGGACUGGUUUCACAUUUUGUGAAACGUGCGUUAGUUGACAUGGCUCAACAUGUACUCAGCAGCAAAGACAUCCAAAUUGCUACAGAUGAGAAACAGCAAUUACAAAGCGCUUUAAAAGCAAAAGAUUAUCCUCAAUUAAGUUAUUUAUUAGGAGUUAAAACAAUUCACAUAUCCGAACGUGAUACGCAAUUAACAAAAGACCCAAAGAAAGUCAACGAAUUCGUCAAUACAUGGUCGAUCGAAGGUUUUGUUGAAGAAGGUGCAGCGCCAGCUGAAAUGGGCUGGGGAACACAUGAGAAAAGUAUUCCAGAUGGAACAUAUUUCCACGAUGAAAAAGACGGUCCAUGCAAUCAAAUCUGUUUGGCUACGAACGGUAUCAACACAUGGGUUCGUUCAUGGGUACCAAGUGGAGAAAUCAUUGGUAUGGUUAUUCGACAUGGUGAAGCAUAUGGUAUUUCAAAAUAUUUAACCAUUUAUGAUAAAGAUGAUGAAAACAACAACAAUGUUCUAUAUCGCCCAACUGUUCACUAUGCAUACUUGCCUACUGAUUCGGCUAUCAGUUCUUUAAUUGAAUUUCGCAUGCACAACUACCAAUUACAACCCAAACUUCGCAUCUUGAAUGACGACAUUACUGAAGGUGCUGAUGAAGUCGGUGUCUUUCUAUUAGGUGGUCGCUAUGUCUCGGCUUGGUGGACAGGAAGUGUGCUCGACAUUCAUCAAGCAAGAAAAUUAGUGCCAGGGCAAAAUGCUACCACAGUACAAGUGGCGAUUAGUGUACUGGCUGCGAUAAAAUACUGCCUCGAACAUCCGAAUGAAGGAAUAUGCUUGCCCGAUGAUAUCGAUUCGGAAGAAAUCCUUGAUAUGUGUAUACCGUAUUUAGGAACAUGGGUUUCGAAAGCAUCCAAUUGGCCGGAGAAGGACGAUAAGAUUCGUGAUGACUGGCAAUUCACUUCGUUUCAAACUAUGAAUUAA